AUGCGGCUUAUGACGCUGCAGCCGCGCCUGAGCGGACGCUCUUUUCACACGCAGCACCGUACGCCAAUAAUACCACAAAUGCCUGGAGGGGACACGGUGCCGGGCUCGAAUACCGGUGUUUUAGUUGGUUAUCUCCUUCAUCGGCACCCGGUGUUGAAACACACACCGCACCCACUUGAGAUGGAGAUGGGCUUUCUACUGGAACGUGAGCACCAGCGUUACUGUAGACACGAGGCGUCGGAGUCUGCCACGCACUUCAUGGGUCAGAGAGGGCUCUCCAUCGACGUCAUGAACCGCACUGACCCGCGCGAGACGAAAGGUAACUUUUUUGGCCUCGAUCUCUACCAGGAUGCCAUGCGUGUGGUGCUGCAACGCUACAAGCCGGAGAGGCGGGUGACACCGCAGGAUCUAUGGAAUCCCUCAGAGCUCAGCGACACUACCCCGCCUUCGCGCCAUUCGAUUCAUCGCAAGAUGGAUGAUUAUCUUUACCUCAUCAUACAGGACGCAGCGAGCAGCAAGUGGACAGUGCCGUACACUGCCUUGAAGGAUCGGGAGACACUUCGCAUGGGCGUAGACAGGGCGAUAGCGAAGCACAAUAGCGAUGCCCUGGACUGUUAUGUGUGGUCAAACGCGCCACAGGCGACGGUGUCGAAUAAUGUUGACAACACUCGCCUCUUUAUGUAUGCUGCGACUUAUCUGAUGGGACGGCCUAGGUUUUCUGAAUUUGAGCCGACGCUGAAAGACCACGCGUGGGUAACACGGCACGAGAUGCUUCAAUACAAACAGGAGUUUCAGAGUGCCGAACUACUCGAGGCUCUACUUGACAUUUCUGCCGAUGGAAUAUUUGAGAGUUGA